AUGGAUAUCCUUCAUAGAAUUGUAGCUGAAGGAGAUGUUACAACAGUACAAGUAAUAUUAGAUGAAGGGGCAGAUGUUAAUGCCAGAAGCAGUCAAGGAUUGACUCCCAUUUAUAUCGCUGCGGUUAAUGGUGAUUUAGAUAUUCUCAAUUGUUUGAUUAAGAAUGGAGCUGACGUGAACAAAGGAAAUUCUGAUGGCAUCUCUGCUCUCCAUGUUGCAGCUUUCAACGGUCGACUUCAUGUCAUGAAGUUCUUGAGUAAUCAUGGAGCUGAUAUGAAUACUGUAGGUGAUGACGGCACGACGGCUUUACACAUCGCGGCAAAAGGCGGUAAGCUUGACAUCAUUAAGUAUAUCAUAAACCAGGGAGCUAAGAUCGACCAGGAAGCCAGCAAUGGAUACACCGCUCUACACCUAGCUGCUGAAGGGGGGUAUCAAGGAGUACUUAAAUAUCUGCUGCGUAGAGGAGCUAAUGGCGAUAAGUCAGAUAAAGACGGACACACUGCUUUACAUCUUGCUGCAAAGAUGGGUCAUAUCGAUAUCAUUAAAUGCCUUCUUAGACAAGGUGUUGAUGUAAAUAAAGUCAACAAUAAUGGCAGAACAUGUGUUUGUACUGCUGCUUGGGAAGGACAACUUGAUGUUAUAAGAUAUCUAGUAACUCAAGGGGUUGAUAUCAGAUCCUGUGAUAAUGACGGUUGGAGUCCUUUGACAAGUGCCACAUGGAAUGGGCAUGUGGAAAUCAUUAACUUUCUCAUCAACCGGGGAGCUAAUGUAAAUGAGAAUGAUGCAGAUGGAUGGAGUGCCCUUCACAUUGCUGCACAGAAUGGCAACUUGGACGCCACCCAAUGCCUAAUUCGAAGAGGAGCCGAGGUGAAUAAGGCGGACAGAGACGGGCUGACCGCCCUGCACACAGCUGUACAGAAAGGGCAUCUCCAAGUUACCAAAUACCUCAUAUCACAAGGAGCCAACGUGAAUGGCUGCAACAAUAACGGAACCACUGCGUUACAUUUGGCAGUUUUGGAAGGUAACGUAGACAUCAUGAAACAUCUUAUCAGUGAGGGAGCAGAUGUGAACCAGAACGAUAAAUGCGGAACUGUGCCUUUGCUCAUUGCUGCAAAAAAAGGUCACACCGAUGCAACUUUUCGUCUUCUAGAACAUGAUGCUGAUAUAACGGUUACUAACAAUGAUGGCUGCACUGCUUUGCAUCUCGCAACAGAGGCAGACAACGUUGAAGUCACGGUAUGUCUUUUAGAUCAUGGAGCCGACGUGGCAAAAUGCAAUAAAUUAGGUUGGACUGCUUUACAUAAUUGCGCGGAAAAGGGUAACAUGGAAAUCGCUAAAUACAUAAUUGGUCAAGGAGCUGAUGUUCAUGUGGUCACUUCCGAAGGGUGGACGCCAAUCAAUAUUGCGGCGGAACAUGGUCAUCUCGACUUCAUCAAAUAUAUGAAGAGUAAUGGAGGUAAUCUGCACAAAGGAAGUCAUACCGAAGACAGCCCCUUUCAUACAGCAGCAUUAUAUGGACAUUUAGACGUAGUAGAAUAUCUCAUUGAGCAAGGAGCUGAUGUGAAUAAGGGCAAUAACGUUGGAAGAACGGCAUUACGGAAUGCUGCUUGGAAUGGCCACCUGAAGAUUGUCGAAUGCUUAAUCAGUCACAACGCCGAUGUGAAUAAAGGACGGAAUGACGGAAGAACUGCGUUACAUGCCGCUGCAUGGAAUGGCCAUUUAGAUGUCGCCAAAUAUCUCAUUGCUCAUGGGGCUGAGGUGAAUAAGAUUACAGAUGAUGGGAGAACGUCCCUACGUAGUGCUGCAUGGCAUGGCCAUCUGGACGUAGCAAGAUAUCUUGUUGAUCAAGGAGCCGACCUAGAUAUAAGCGAUGGUGAGGGUUUUACGCCAUUUACAAUUGCAUUACAGCGAAACCAUAUAGAGGUAGCCAUAUAUUUAAUCAAGAAAGGAGCUGAUGUUAAUAAGAACGUUGAUGCCGGUCCAAAUGCACUCCAUUUAGCAGCACUGAAUGGACAUCAUAAGAUUAUCAAGUAUUUGCUCGAUAGAGGAAUGGAUGUAGAUAGCUGUGCCAUUGACGGUUCUACCGCUUUGUACAUAAGUGCAGACAAUGGGCACAGUGAGGUUGUACAAUACUUAAUUUCUCAAGGAGCCGAGGUCAACAAAUGCAACAAAGAGAAAAGAACAGCUCUGCACAUUGCAGCUUUCAAAGGGAACAUAAACUGCACUGUUCUUCUAGUUGAAGGAGGUGGUCGAGUUGACAUGAAAGAUGAGAAGGGAUGGUCUCCCUUAAAUCUCUCUUCACAAAAUGGUCAUCUAGAUGUCGUCAAAUAUCUUAUCACACAUGGUGCGGGCGUUAACGAAAGUAACAACGAUGGAAGGACUGCGUUACGAAGUGCUGCAUGGAAUGGACAUCUCCAGGUCAUUGAAUAUCUUAUAAGCCACGGUGCAGUCGUAAAUAAAGGAAACAAUGACGACAGAACUCCAUUACACGCUGCUGCUUGGAACGGUCAUCUGCAUGUUAUCAAAUACCUGAUUAGUAAAGGAGCGGACGUUAAUAAAGUCAACAAUGACGGAAGGACUGCACUAAGAAGUGCUGCAUUUAACGGACAUCUUCAAACAGUGACAUACUUGAUCGAAAAGGGCAUUGACAUGAACAGACGCGACAAUGCUGGUUGGACACCUUUAAUGAUUUCCUUGCAGAACGACCAUCCACAAGUUGCUGAAUAUCUACUCAACCAAGGGGCAAAUAUAAACGACGUGAACAUACAUGGUAGAACUGCAUUACACUUAUCAUCACUGAAUGGCCGUCAGGCGCUCACCGAAAAUCUCAUCAAAAGAGGGGCACAAGUCAAUGUGACCGAUAACGAUGGCGAAAUAGCAUUACAUAUUGCUGUGCAAAAUGGUCAUCAUGACAUAGUUAGAUAUCUAAUAAGUCAAGGAGCCGAUGUCAAUAAGUGUAAUAAAGAGGGUUGGUCCCCACUGCAUGCUGCCUCUAAAAAGGGGGAUUUCAAAAUCACAAGGUGUAUUAUAGAUAAUGGUGCUGACCUGGAUACAACAAACAUUCGUAACAUGACUGCCCUGCACAUUGCAUCAGGUAACAACCAUCUUGAAGUUACCAAAUACCUGGUUUCCAAAGGAGCAAAGCUUGGUGGAGUAAAUAAUAAUAACCAGACUGCCCUUCAAUGUGCAGUAGAAAGUGGGCAUCUUGAAGUAGCCAAGGCUUUGAUCGUUGGCGGAGCUGAAGUAAACAGUACCAGUGGGAAUUCCUUAACUGCCUUACACAUCGCUGCAAAACUGGGACAUCUCGAGAUCACCAAAUAUUUGAUCAGCAAAGGAGCUGAAGUUAACACAAGAGGCAGUGACAGUUGGACCGCUUUGCACAGAGCGGCCCAUGAAGGUCAUCUCGAUGUGUCUCGAUAUCUCGUUGACAAAGGAGCAGCCUUGGAUAGCUGUACCGAAGAUGGAAGAACACCCUUGAAUUGUGCAGCUGAGAAUGGACAUAUCGGAGUCGUCAAAUUUCUUGUUAGUGAAGGAGCAGAUGUACGCAAAGCGGACAAGAAUGGAUGGACUACCUUAAUUAUAUCUUCACAGAAUGGUCACAUUGACGUAGCAGAGUAUCUUCUAACAAAUGGAGCUGAGGCAAACAGGGGGAAUAAUGACGGCAGAACUCCUUUACGAAGCGCCGCCUGGAAUGGUCAUCUCCAUGUUGUUAGUCUCUUAAUCGGUCAUGGAGCUGAGGUGAACAAAGGAAACACCGACGGACGGACUGCUUUACAUGGUGCUGCUUUUAAGAAUCAUCUAGAAGUCACCAAAUACCUGGUCAAUCAUGGAGCGGAUGUAAACAAGACCAAUGAUGGUGGAAGGACUGCCUUACGCAGUGCAGCUUUAGGGGGUCAUAUUGGCAUAUGCAAAUAUCUGGUUGAGCGCGGGGCUGAUGUAAACAAAAGCGAUGUUAAUGGUUGGGCCCCAUUACAUGUAGCUGCGGAGAAUAACCAUUAUGAAGUGAUGGAGUUUUUAUUAAGUUGUGGAGCUGAUGUAGAUAGAGGAAACAUGAGCGGAAAUACUGCUUUACACAUUGCUGCAAGAAAAGGCCAUACAGCUAUCACCAAACACUUAGUAGAACAUGGUGCCGACAUAGAAACGACCAACGAUAAGGGCUGGACUGCCUUACACAAUGCGUCAGAAGAGGGUCACACCGAUAUAACAGACUUUUUAAUCAGCAGGGGAAUCGAUGCAAACAUUGCAGACCAGGAAGGAAUGACACCAUUACAUAUUGCAUCUCGUAAAGGUCAUCUCGAUUGUACGAAACGUCUGGUUUUCCGCGGAUCUGAUAUUCAUAAAGGUGACAAUGGAGGAUGUACAGCCUUACAUAUUGCAGCCAAAGAGGGCCAUGCAAAAGUAAUGGGAUUCCUUGUCAAGGAGGGGCAGAAUGUGAAUAUCGAAGAUAAAAAUGGAUUAACUCCACUGCAGUUUGCAUCACUCUCUGGUCAUCUGGAAUGUAUAAGACUUCUGGCUAGUAUCACGGAUGAUAUUAACAAAGGCGAUAGGAGUGGACUGACGUCGUUGCACAAAUCCGCCGAAAACAAUAAGCUUGACGUGACCCAAUAUUUGGUUAGCCAAGGGGCCCGCGUAACCGAAGGUGACAAAGAUGGCAGAACUGCAUUACACGUUGCUGCAUUAAAUGGACAUACCAGUAUCAUCAAAUAUUUAGCCAGCGAAUUGAAGGGAAAUGUAGAUACAUUUGAUAGCAAUGGCCGGACUCCUUUGCACAAUACCACAUGGAAUGGCCACGCUGAAGCCACUAACUAUUUAAUAAGUAAGGGUGCAAAGGUAAAUAGACGAAACAAUAAUGGUUGGACACCUUUACAUCUUGCUUCACAGAAUGGUCAUCUUGAAGUUACUAAAUGUCUGAUAGCGAAUCGUGCUGAAGUGGACAAGAGAAGUAAAGACGGAAAGAGUCCGUUACACAGCGCGGCCAGAAACACACAUCUACCUGUUGCAAAAUAUCUCAUCGCUAGCGGAGCUCUGGUAAAUAAAGAUGAUAAUGGUGGAUGGACCCCGUUACAUAUUGCGGCGCUCAGCGACAAUCUUGAUUUUACCGAAUACCUGAUUAGUGAAGGAGCACUAGUUAAUAGUCGAAAUAAAGAUGGUUGGACCGCAUUACAUAAUGCAGCAGGUAACGGCAAAUUGAAAGUCACUUGUCAUUUGAUUAGUCAAGGAGCUGAAAUAGAUAUAGGCAACAAGGAUGGGUGGACUGCAUUACAUAGAGCGGCACAGAAUGGUCACAUGGAAGUCACCAAAUGUUUGAUCCAAAAUGGGGCAUUGGUUAACCAGGGAAAUAACGAAGGCAGAACUGCUAUGCACAAUGCAGCAGGAAAUGGUCAUGUCAAAAUUCUGGAAUAUCUCAUAAAAGAGGGAGGGAAUAUCAACCUGAGAAACGAUUAUGGCAUGACCGUUCUGCACAAUGCAAGCAAAAACUGUCAUCUUGAUAUGACAAAGUAUCUCAUUAGUAAAGGGUUGGGCGUGAAUUCUGCCGAUAUUGAUGGUUGGACCCCUCUACACAGCGCAUCAAAGAAUGGUCAUCUUGAAAUCAUCGAUUACCUUAUCAGCCAACAAGCAGAAGUCAACAGGUCCAACAAAGAGGGCGCAGAUGCUUUGCACAUUGCUUCAGGAAAUGGCCGUUCUGAGGUUGCAUCAUAUCUCAUCAAAAAUGGAGCCGAUAUCAGACGGGAGGAUGCUGCAGGACUUACUGCUCUUCAUUAUGCUGCAAGGAGUGGCCAUCUCGAGGUAGCAAAAGAGCUUAUCAAUCAAGGAGCUGAUGUGAAAGCUUGCACCAAGAAUGGUUUAAAUGCAUUGCACUAUGCAGCAGAAAACGGUUACAGCGAUAUAACGACGUACCUGAUCAACGAAGGAAUUGAUAUGACUAAAUGCGACGACAAUGGAUCGAAUGCCUUACAUAAGUCUGCACGGAAUGGACAUCUUCAUGUCGCAUCGUACCUGAUCAAUAAAGGAGCCUCAGUAAAUACAAUCAGCAACGAUGGAUGGACCGCCUUAAUUGGUGCUGCAGAGAAUGGCCAUUUGGACAUGGUCGAAUAUCUCAUUACUGAAGGAGCUAACGUUAACGUUAGUGAUAAAAAUGGGUUUACCGCAUUGCACGCUGCCGCCGCAAAUGGUCAUCUAGGAGUUGUACAAUAUCUUGUCAGACAAGGGGUUGACUUGAAUAAGGGUGAUAACAAUGACAAUACUGCCAUGCAUCUUGCCUUCCAGAAUGGCUGCCUAGAUGUCUACGUAUUUCUCAUGUCACACGGAAACUCCAUGAAUGAUUUCAAUGUGGAUGGAAAUGCAUCCCGGGAUCCACAACCAGAUGACCCCCAAAGUGAAUCUUCACUAAUUGACUCAGAGGGCAAAGUCAAUCAACUUGACUCGCAUGGGUUUGCUGCUAUCCACCACGCAAUUCACCAUGGCUACACCUCUGUUAUUGAGACACUGUUGUCACAGGGAUCAGAUAUCAAUAUCCAGUCAAGAGAUGGUCAGACGUGUCUGCAUCAUGCCAUCAAGCUGUGCUACAGGACGGAUAGAGAGGUAGAACCAACAGAAACACUAAGAAAGAUAUCUACAGACUUCUACCAUGGAGAUUUAUCACCGAAGAGAGCCCUUGUGAUAUACCUGUUAGAAAAUGGUGCCAACCCAGAUAUGAGGGACACUUAUGGCAACCUUCCUAUUCAGUUUGCUAGAGAUGAACAGAUUCGUCAGAUGAUAUUUUCAAGAUUGCCAUCGAUGGAGAGGAUAACUAGUUACCGCGAGGAGAAAAGGUCUUCAUGCAACAAGUUAUACGUUGAAGUCGGCAAAGGACCGAAGCAGGUGGAGCUGGAAGACCACGGGAUGUCGAUCAAUUUUCCAGCGGGCAGCUUCCAGGAGCCGGAACCGUACAAGAUCAUGGUAUCGAUUCUUCAUCGUCCAAGCGUCGGCAUAGACAUAGCGGAUGACGAAUCAGUGGCGUGUUGCGGAAUACGAUUAGACCCUGCUGACGUUGCCAUACAGAAGCCAGUGAAGAUCACCAUGCCACAUUUAAUCAGCUGCUGUGAUCCUGAUCAAGUAACACCAGACAUUGUCUCACUUAUCCAGCACACAGGUUGGACGCAGGUGUCUCGGAGGAGUUCCAAGCCUUCGUCAAAAGAGCCACCUUUCUGCAAGGUGCAAAAGGGCUAUAUUGAUCUGUACAUUAACCGAUGUGCUGAAUGGUGGAUUGUCAUUCCCCUCAGGCAACGGUCAGGUCGACAGAGAGUAGUUUGUACUCCAUACGUACCAGACAUCAUCGGUCUUGGCCAAGAACUUAAUAUUCGACUCCAUGUACAUACAGACAGUCCCUUUAUUGAAGAGCAAAUACACGAGGAGGAAAGAGAGAAGGGAUAUCGCAAAACUCAUCGAUCGGUGCCAUUCGAAGUCUUUCUACAAUCCGGUGACAUCAAUCUGGUGUGUGAACGUGAUGAUAAAGAAGUUGGAAAAAAGUUGAUCUGUUUGGCGGAUAUUCGCAAUCAAAUUAGACAAUGUGUGGACCUUAAAGUGCGCCAAAGCGUCAGGGAAACGUCAGAAUUCCAUCUGAUGACCAUCGUAUUAUCACAGGUUGGGCGUCUCGAGCUAUCUCGAUCUCUCUCAUUUGUCAUCAGAUGUCGAGACGAACCGCCAAGCCCUAUUUCGAUUUAUCGACCAAAGGAGGAAAUGCUCCACCAAGACCUGUCAGAUAUUGAACUUAACAACAUCGCUGAAGAGAUUACAGUGGACCAAUACUACGACUUGGGUGUAGCUUUGGGGUUCAACAUACCACAGCUGGAUAAUCUUGAGUACAGCAGGCUUCGAAACAGGGAGCAAGCCACGUAUGAUAUGUUGGUCCAGUGGAGAAAAGGACAGGGCUAUGAAGCAAAGAAGGAACUUCUUUCCGUCAUCAAAUCGGUCGGCACUCCAAGAGAGCAGAUCGAUAUUCAAGCAUUGAACCUUGACAAAACACGUGAGAUUCCCGACGAGACGUUGGUGGCGCUAGCCAGGGAGAUGAACAAGAUGAAAGAAGAUCAGUUCUUCAAGGUCGGAGAGAAGUUAGGGCUAAAGCUUACCGUUCUGCAGCAUAUAUUAUAUCGGACACUGUCAAGAAUGAAAGACGCUACUGUCCAGAUGCUCUCCAAAUGGAAAGCCUCUCAACGAAAUAAACGCGAAGCGCUUCGAAUGUUAAAAAGCGUUUGGAAGUCAUUGCAGUCUGCAACAAAGAGAGAUGCUUCAGAUUGGCAAACAACAGCAUUUCCUGAUGAGGACAUCGACCUACUAGAAGUGGGACCAACUAAAAAGGAGCUUCUGAGUGUCGCUCGAGAAACCCAAAACGUAGAGACACUUGGAAAAGCUCUCGGAGUGGACGAUGACAUCAUCUCCAAAUGUGUCCAGUCAAUAGACAAGACAAAGCCCAAAGUCUUGAAAGUUGUCAGCAUGCUUCAGGAUUGGGUAAAGCUAGGAGGGACCCGGGGAAGUCUCCUUGAAAUAGCCCAAGCGCUGCACUUCAACGAUGCCGCUCUGACCAUAGCAAAAGCUGGACGUAACCAAGAGGGAUGUACAGGAUUCUUUUCUUGUGGUGCCAUUGGCCAUCGGGGCAGGGAUCUGAAUAUCGAGGAACUUGGCAUAAGACUCUCUAUUCCGCCAGGAUGUGUGGAGACAAGCAGGACCUCCUUGGCAACGCUUCAUGUGUUUAGCCACAGUACCUCAACCUUGCCUGUUCGUGAUGGCGAGAUAAUUAUUUCUCCCGUUGUCGAAUGUUCUUUGAAAGAAGAAGGAAUAUCGAACCUGGCGAGCCUUACUCUGCCGCAUAAUCUCAAUCUUUAUGAUCUUCGUGAUCUUCGUCAAUGGGACCAUUUACCCUGCCUUAUUCUGUACCGCAAGAAAGAAUCAGGGUCUUGUGAGCGCAUAGUCUUGGAAGGUACUCAGAUAUCAGAUGACACUGUUGAGAUCCCUUGCAGCGAUAGUCAGAUGCUGGCGAUAUCUUUGACCAAUCUCCACGCCGUGAAGUUCCACUGUGUAGCGUUCCAACCGCUCUACAUGCCUUCUUCACGCAACCCAGUCCUGCAUGUUCACGUAUUCCUCCCAUGUCGGAGAUACCUCAAGGAAAUUGAGCGAGAGGAAAGAAGAUCACUAGUGCCGUAUUGCAGGACGAUGGACAUGGUUCCAUUCAACGUGAAUUCAGAGGAUAUCGACCUUACGAUCCGGUGCAACGAUGGGUCAGAAAGUACUCGACAACUGGUUCCUAUUCGUCGUCUUGUAAAAGAAAACUGCAGUGUAGCAAUUCAGCUCUGUUUUUUGGAAGGGGAAGAAAAAAAGACACUUUGUCUCUGUAUAGAGCAGGGUACCUCGACACUUGCCCGAAACGUGUUCACCACCACAAUCGAAGCCUUUGAACCCGACUAUGGUAGCGAAGCAGACAUUGUACAAGGGGGUGUCCCACGCCCCUUUGCUACGAAUGCUACGUUAGAUAGAUUGGCUGCUAACCUGAGCAGUCCAAAGGAGGCCAGCUCUCUCGGCUAUAAACUUGGAUUCACGUAUCCAGCCGUGGAAAAGUACAUCAGCAAAGACGGCUCAUCAGACACCUCUGUUUCCAGGUCAGGAUUCAGCGAGAUGCUGUAUGAUUGGAGGAGAAGGACGCGCCCAUCGGAACAGAUAGACAUGCUUUACCAAGCCAUGGCCGAUGCUGGACUAGAACAUGCUAUCGCGGAUGAAAUUGAGUGAAUAAUCUUCAAGAAUAACUGUAACAAAUAUACUAUAUAUUAAACUACAAGGAUUUAUAGUGAACCAACAUGGACUUUGGUUAGGGUAUCCAGAUUCUGGAUUUAGAUUGAAUCCUAGAAAUUCCCCUUUUUAUGCGCCGUGAGCACUCUACAGAAUGGAUUUGGCGCUUUAUAAGUCACAAGUAUUAUUAUUAUU